AUGGCGCCACGCACCGGUGAAGUGUCUAGUAAGAAGGCUUGGACUGAUACCGAGAAGAUCACGUUCAUGUUGAUUCUUUUGGAACACUCGGGAUCGAAGAUCACCUGGGCCAACGCGCCCGUCCCCGCAGGUCGCUCCAGAAUAGCUUGUGAGCGAAUGUACGGAGCCUUGCGAACCAAGCAUAAGGAUGAGGUCGCAGACAUCCUUAAGACUGCGACCUUUCCCGAUACCAAUGCUAAGCAGGGUCGCAAGCGGAGCAAGGCACUUGAAGACGUCGACGACGACGAGGAUGUCAAGGAGGAUGUUGAAGAGGAGCCCAAAGGCAAGAAGCGCUCCGCUAUAGCGAGCAAAGGCGCGGUCAAGAAGACAAAGGCCAAGGCUAAGGAAAUCAAGCGCGAAGCAGACCAAGACGUGACCGGUGAAGAUGUCUGA